GCUGAACGGAUCUGAAGCCCUCGAUUCCCCACUAAGCCUUGAUCUAGUAGUAGCCCUUUGAUGAUGCAGGCAGAUUAUUAGAUUCUGGGAAAAUUGUGUUGCUAAAAGAUGAAAUUCGCAGGCUUCUCGAGUCAUCAUCGGAGGAGUCAAUUUAUAGAAGCCUGACCACAACCAUAUGCGCCUUCGUCGCAGGCUUCGGCAUGGCAUUUGUUUUCGGUGCCUUCAUCGUCAGUUGCACAAUCCGAAGGCUCCGAGGGUACGGUGACGAAUCACAACAUCAUGGCUCAACCGCAUCGGCCGCUUCUUCGUCGGGACAACGCCGCCGCGAGCAUGUGGUUGCCAUACCAGUGCACAUAUACGGCCCCGGACCGUCAUCCUCGUGCGCUGCUACGACGUCGUAUGAGUUACAGGCCUGCGCCAUAUGUUUGUGUGAGUACGAGAAUGGGGAGCGCGUGAGUGUUCUGCCUCGAUGUAAGCACAUGUUCCACAAGGACUGCAUCGAACAGUGGGUGCCCGUGAAGUCGGUGAAUUGUCCCAUUUGUAGGGCUCCGACGGUAGGCGGAGACGCAUGUUCGGCGUGGAUGAAUUGCUGAUAGGAGUUGAGAACCCAUCACCACCUGCAUUGUUGGUCCUCAACUUCCCAAGCAGUGGGAUGACGAUUUCAAAUUCUCGAUGAUCCAUAACAAAAAGGAUGGACUUUGAGCCUUUGUAUUUCAAUACAUAAUAACCUAUUUGAUUAUUUUUUACAUUUUAGCUAUUUCUAAGUCAAUUUUUUGACAUAGUCUUUUUCUGAA